AUGGGGCCCAGGCCCGCAGCCCUCAGAGAGGACCCCGGGCAUUCACCCCAGGUCUGGUUCUGGGGCAUGUCGGGCCCCUGGGAGCCCGGCCAGGCUGGUGGAGAUCUUGAAAUGACCCCAGCUCUGCAGCUGUCACCUGGGGCCGAGGGCAGCCAGCGGGCCCAGCUCGGUUUCCCUGGGCAGAGCAGAGCCGCUGGGGAUGGCGGGAGAGCAGGAGCUCAGCUCAGCCGCCAGCUUGCGUUCAGACCCGCCCCGCCGUCACGCAAGAGUCUCCUCCGUGCACGUCAGUUAGCUGGAGCCGCUGGUCCCCCAGGGCGCAGUGAUCGAGGCCCAGGGCUUCCCGUGGAAGGGCUGUGCGGUGCUGAAAACGACGUGAGAAGUGAAGCAAGUGCCGCAGAGCGGAGGAGCGGGGUUGCAGCCGUCUGGGAGCGGCUGGGCCCCCUCAUGGGGGCCGUCAGGAUUCGGGGAGCGGGCAGGGGCCCCGGGAGAAGCCAGCUCCAGUGCGCUGGGCUGGAAGGACACGUGUUUGGGAAGGACAAGGGUCCCUCAGCACCAUCACUGACCCACAGACCUCCGGAUGUCCGCGCUGCCCGGAAGCCCCUCCCACAGAGGACCCGCGUCCCGCUGCAGACGUCCGUCCCUGAGUCCAGCCCCCACUGGGGGGGCCUCGUGUGCCCCCUCCAGCUGACGUCUGAACGGGAUCCUGGGGCGCGGAGCGGGGCGCUGCGGUGGGGCGCGGUGGGACUUGACGUCAGGACUCCUGGCGGGACUCCCACAGAGAUGGCCCAGAAAGAACCUUUCUGGACAAACCGCACGCACACAGGAAUGCACCCUGCAUCUCAAGGUCCGCUUCGCAGAGGACAGGCAGGCCUAGGUCUCCACGAGGCACAGCCCGGCGCAAAGGGGCGGGAGACCGGCCCGGUGCUUGCCGAGGAUGCGGCUUCGCUGGGACCCAGAGGUUCCAAGUUCACACACGAGCUCGUGUGCAGGAGGCCCCUGUGCCUGUCCUGUGGGCUCCGCUUGGCGGCUGGCUUCCCCCAGAGCAAGCGAUCCCAGAAGGGUGGUCAAGGCGCUGCUCCGAGCCUGAGGAGUGGUGAUAGCGGGUCUCACGAAGGCCAGACCAAGGGAAAGCAGGUCACGACUCGACUGAUACCUGGCACCUGUGCUGAGCACUGCACGCUCUGCCCCACUCACCCCGAGGCCUUGGGGACAAUGCUGACGUCCCCCGCACCUGGGGACGUGGAGACCCCAUCUCAGAGCGAGCAGAUUGCCCACCAUCCCAUGGGAGGCACCUGUCACUGCCUCUCGGCCUCCCCACCCCAGUUCUGGGUGGAGGAGUAA